GAAUAAUCAAUUCGAUUUUUCAAAACAAUGGGGGAUCGGCCUCGAAAUUCCGUUCACUUUCGGCUGAGCAAUUUGUUCAUUUUUAUUAAUUUCACAAUAUUCAGAGUGUUUGGAAAGCAAAAUGUCCUCAUGAUAGUAGUUGAUGAUUUAAGGCCAUCACUCGGCUGUUAUGGAGAUCCUAAUGCCGUUACACCAAACAUUGAUCUUUUGGCAAAGAGAGGCGUGCUGUUUACUCGAGCAUUCGCUCAGCAAGCGCUAUGUGCUCCAAGCAGAAAUUCUCUUUUAACCGGCCGGAGGCCAGACACACUCAAACUUUAUGACUUCUACAGCUAUUGGCGGGAUACAAUUGGAAAUUUUUCUACUCUGCCGCAACAUUUGAAAAGUCAUGGUUAUACUACCAUGUCAAUCGGAAAAGUCUUUCACCCAGGAUCAAGUUCUAAUGGAUCAGAUGAUUUUCCGUAUUCUUGGUCUGAGAAACCAUUUCAUCCAUACACAGAUCGUUACAAAGAUGCACGAUUAUGCCAAACUACAUCAAACUCAACACCUGCCCGCAAUAUCGUCUGCCCUGUGUAUGUUCCUCAUAUGCCUAAUCAAACACUGCCAGAUAUAGAGACAUUAAGAGCAGCGAAAUCAUUUCUAUUCAAACAUCGUGGAGAUGAGAAACCUUUCUUCCUUGCGGUUGGCUUUCAAAAACCUCACAUUCCACUGAAAUAUCCACGAAAAUGUCUUGAGCAUCAUCCACUAGAAAAGUUUGAUGUACCUGAUAACUACAAGUGGUCAGAGAAUGUGAGUUACGCAGCCUACAACCCUUGGCUGGAUCUUCGAAAACGUGAUGAUGUAAAAAAACUUGAUCUCAAAUUUCCAUUUCAAAAAAUACCACGCUACUAUGCAAAGUUGAUCAUCCAAUCCUACUAUGCUGCAGUAACUUACAUUGAUGACUUGAUUGGAUUACUUUUGAAACAACUAGCCGUUUAUAACAUAGAGCGGUUCACAACUGUAGUUCUUAUAUCUGAUCACGGCUGGUCACUGGGUGAACAUGGGGAAUGGGCAAAAUACAGUAAUUUUGAAGUAGCCCUGAGAGUUCCUGUUAUAAUUACCAUUCCUCAGGUGACGUUUGAUCCAUGGAUUGAGAGCACCUAUGCAACAAAAAAUUUUACGCUACCCCAGAAUUCAGACUGUAGUCCAAAGCUGGGAUGCAUCGAAAACAGGUAUCGGAAGAAGGGCUAUGUUAUGUCAGAUGCUAUGAUAGAAUUGGUAGAUAUUUUUCCAACAAUAGCUGACUUAACAAAUCUGCCAAUACCGUUAUGCAUCGAUGACAAGGAUUAUCGACACAAGUACAAGAGCAACUCUACAUCGAUGUCUUCUAAUCUUUGCAGUGAAGGUGUCAGCUUCUUACCUGUCAUUUAUGCAAUUAUGUAUGAGAAGAUCAUUCCAUGGAAGAAAGCUGUCUUUAGUCAAUACCCUCGGCCAGGUGUAGUACCCACACGAAAUCCAAACAGUGACGAACCACGUUUAAGCGAAAUAACUAUUAUGGGUUACACAAUUCGAACAAAGGAAUAUCGGUAUACUGCAUGGGCAUCAUUCAAUAGUAGCAUUGUGAAAACUGAUUGGAGUACGAUAAUUGCUGAAGAGUUAUACUAUCACAAAUUUGAUGUUGAAGAAAAUUUGAAUUUAAGUACUAUACCAGAAUUUUCACGGAUAAAAAAUAAACUUAGGAACCAACUGAAAAAUGGUUGGAGAAAAGCUCUGCCACAACGAUAUAAAAAUUGAGCUGGUGCUGAAACUGGGGUUGCUUGAACGGACGAAGAUGGUGCUAUCCCAACUGCCGAUGGGGGUGUCGUUGGUACCUGAAAACAAGAGCAGUUACGUUUAAUUGUAGUUGUUUAUCAUCAUUUAUUACCGUACUGUUCCGAAUAUGAGUCGGAGGUUUUUGUCGUUGACAGCACCCGCGAAAACUAUCGUCCGAUACGCGAACGCGUCUUAUGUGCGGAUGACUAAGAAAAAUAUCUUGAAAUACUGUCUUAGAAUUGGGGGUUGGCUUAUACUCGGAACAAUAUGGUCAUUAUGAGUAGGACAGAAUAUAUGAUUAAUUUUAGGCAGGUAUAUACUAAAGGAAAGUAAUGAAAGAAUAAUAAAGCAAUAAUCGUUUGAAGUAAAUGGAAUCGAACUAAUAAAUACAAAUUUUACCUCUA